AUGCCCCAGCGCAAACCUUUUGCCGGAACGCAACAAGGACUGGUACUUGCCAUCGACGUCGGGACUACCUAUUCAGGCUGCUCAUUCAGUGUUCUCGAUCCGGGGGUGGUACCAGAAAUCAAAGGCGUCACUAGGUCCUGCGAAAUUAUGAUUGCAAUUCAUAUUCUUUUUGAUGUGUCUAUUCCAACAGGUUUCCUGCUCAAGCUCCUGGUGGUUCCUCAAAAAUUCCCUCUGUGGCCCCUGUAUUACGAUUCCGCGGGUAAAGUUCGAGCGGUUGGAGCAGAUACUCUCUUGGACACAGUCAUCGAACAAGCAGGAGACGAACAAUGGACCAAAGUCGAGUGGUUCAAGUUGCAUCUACGACCCAAGUCUAGUAAAACCCCACUUCGUAUCCACCAGCAAAUACUCUCAUUACCACCAGACAAGUCUGUGAUAGAUGUGUUCGCAGAUUUUCUCCGAUAUCUGUUCUCAUGCUGUAGGACAUUUAUCGAAGAGACGCUGCUCCCGGAUGGCAGAAGCUUUUGGGAAUCUGUCAAGGACCGAAUCGUCUUUGUUUUGAGCCACCCAAACGGCUGGGAAGGACGGCAGCAGAGUAGUAUGCGACGGGCCGCGGUACUGGCUGGUCUCGCUCCAGAUAGUCCUGAAGGCCAGAAUCGUAUACUGUUUGUCACGGAGGGGGAAGCCAGUCUGCACUUUUGCAUCAACAAUGGACUUACAGUCCAAGAGGACGAAGGUAUCAUCAUCGUAGAUGCCGGUGGAGGGACUAUCGAUCUCAGCGCUUACUCUGUAUCAAAUACUGACACAAAUGCUUUCGAGGAGAUCAGUCGAUCUGAAUGUUGCUUCGCUGGUUCGAUAUUUGUCACCAAGGAAUCUCGCGUUUACUUCGAAGAUAAGCUUCAAGGGACUCGGUUCGAGGAAGAUGUACCAAGGAUUACCGAAUGUUUUGAUCAAACCACCAAGUUACAAUUCAGAGAUAGUGAUGAACCAUCCUACGUCAAAUUCGGGGGACUGCGUGACCGUGAGCCAAACCUCGAUAUUCGUUCUGGUCAAAUGAAGAUACCUGGAACCAUUGUCGCUCGGUUCUUUCAACCUUCUGUCAAUGCGAUGUUGAAAGCCGUCGUUGAACAACGCCGUGAGGCGCGUAAAGCAAUAACCACCGUACUUCUAGUCGGCGGAUUUGCCGCGAGCCCUUUCAUGUUUACUAAGCUCAAAGAUGACCUUGGACAAUUGGGUUUGAGUAUACAUCGUCCUGAUACCCAUGUGAAUAAAGCAGUCGCAGAUGGUGGCGUUUCAUUCUACCUGGAUCGUUUUGUAUCAAGCCGUGUAGCCAGAUAUUCCUACGGAAUAAAAUGCUCCAAGAUUUACCAGACAUCUAAUCCUGAGCAUCGAAGACGUGGAUUCCAUAACUCCAUAGCAGGAACUUUUCAGGUAGAAAACUGCUUUUCGCUCAUCUUACAAAAAGGUGUACAGAUAACGGAAUUACAAGAGUUCCGAAACCCGUUCGUCUACUACAGUUAUCACCGUUUGCAAAGUAUGACUGAAACUAUAUUGGAAUAUCGAGGCAUAGACAAGGAUCCCUCCUGGAUUGAUGUAGAUUGCAAUAUGUACUCUACUGCCUGUAUAGUUACUGCUGAUACUUCCAAAAUAUCCGCCACGCUCGUUCCACGUCGAAACCCGACAGGCUACGAGUAUUUCCAGCUUAACUUCGAUGUUGUUUUGCUCUUCGGACUAACAGAGUUAAAGGCACAGAUUGCCUGGCAAGAGAAUGGAGUUGAAAAAAGAGGUCCAGCGCAGAUUGUAUAUGAACCUGCGAGCGAUGAUUGAACAUGUUCUGCGCGCGGCAUCACAAAGAAGUCACUAGUUGU